GUCGGUCAAUGGCGGCCCGGAGAUGGGCGGAAGCUAGUUUUGCAACAUGGCGGCCGAGGCAGACGGCCUGCUGAAACGGGCGCUGGUACCGCUUCUCUUACCUGAGAAAUGCUACGACCAAAUUUUUGUCCACUGGGACUUGCUUCACGUCCCCUGCCUCAAGAUCCUGCUCAGCAAAGGCCUGGGUCUGGGCAUUGUGGCUGGGUCACUGCUGGUAAAACUGCCGCAGGUGUUUAAAAUCCUGAGAGCCAAGAGGGCUGAAGGGUUGAGCCUUCAGUCAGUAAUGCUAGAACUAGUGGCACUGAUGGGGACCAUGGUCUACAGCAUCACCAACAACUUCCCGUUCAGCUCUUGGGGAGAAGCCCUGUUCCUGAUGCUCCAGACUGUCACCAUCUGCUUCCUGGUCCUGCACUACAGAGGACAGACCAUGCAAGGUGUCACCUUCCUAGCGAGUUACGCGCUGGUACUGCUGCUGCUGCUGUCCCCGCUGACGCCCCUGGCCCUUAUCACCCUGCUCCAGGCCUCCAACAUGCCUGCGGUGGUCGUGGGGAGGCUGCUCCAGGCGGCCACCAACUACCGGAACGGACACACGGGCCAGCUCUCAGCCGUCACCGUCUUUCUGCUGUUUGCGGGGUCCUUGGCCAGAAUCUUCACCUCCAUUCAGGAGACGGGAGAUCCCCUCAUGGCGGGCACCUUUGUGGUCUCUUCUCUCUGUAACGGCCUCAUCGCCGGCCAGCUCCUCUUCUACUGGAAUGCAAAGGCCGCCCACGGGAAGAAAGAGCAGUAGGGUGGAGCUGGCUCCUGGAGCGGGUUCCGGGUCUCUUCCAUUCGUCCCCCCAGCCUCAGGGUCGUUCCCAUCCGGACCAGCCUGCUGGUGGGACCUCUCCUCGUUCUUCAUUCCUCUACGGUCGUGACAGCCUUGAGCCAGGGUUUUGGUGGGUAUGCAUAUCCUCGGAAGGGACAGGCGUCGAGAUUUUCAGGCUGACACUUUGCACGGCCCCGUGCGUGUACUAUUAACUUACUUAAUCGUUCGCAUACUUCUCCAGCAGCAAUCCCCAGCUAUUUAGGUAUCUCGGGCCCAAGUCAGCCCUGCACUACCCCAGCGGCCCUAGAGGGCAGAGCCUGCCGAUGGAAGCAUCUGGGGGCCUGGGGCUGCUGCCUCCCUCCCCGAACCUGGUUGGGACGGCCUCCAGGACCCCAGUGCUGGCUGGGGGUAGGGUGGGGGGAUGGAGAGUGACUCAGGCAGGGCCGCAGGGUGGGGUGAGGCGGUUCCUGCUCUGGCAGGUCCAGGCGGAAGGGAGCGGAGACUGCUGGUUCUUGCUGCAGUGAGGGGGGAACAGACACAGGGCAAUAAAGACGCCGAGACAUGGUUUAAUUGUAA